GAUUGACAAUUGACAACAAGUAAUUUCGCGCCGCUUUUGUGUAUUUCCUUCUAUUUGUUUUAUGUUUUUCUCUUUUUACAUUUUAUGUAUAAUAUUUGUUAAUAAUAUUUUGUGACACAAAUAAUGUAGUGAAUAGAAUAGAGUUUAUGUAGCAGAAUGAUAUAGUAUUGCUUUGUUUUGAGUGUUCACUUUCCUUUUUGUGGAGGUUUAGUUAGUGACGGAUAUAAAAAUAAAUAGUUUACUUAGUGUUGUUUGAUUCGUUUGAAUAAUUGAAUAUUAUAACAAUUGUAGGUCACAAUGAGUUUAAACGAUUUUAUAAACAAAAGUUGGAGUGAAAUCUGUGACAAUGCACAAGAAGAGGAAACUCCCCCAACUCGACGGGCGACAAAGGAAAAAAUGAAAACUGACAGCAGAGAAAACUCCAGCAGUCGAAAAAAAUCUAAACCUAAUACCUACAAUAAAAAUGAUACUGAUAAAAGCAGUCGACCUCAGAAGAAGUUAGAGUUGGAAACAGAUCCAGAAAUAUUGCAACGGCGUCAGAAGCAGAUAGACUAUGGUAAAAACACUGUUGGCUAUCACAAUUACCUGCAAGAAGUGCCAAUAGACAAACGGACAAAGGAUCACCCAAAAACUCCUGACAAGUUUGUAAAAUAUAGUCGAAGAUCUUGGGAUAUGUUGAUAAAAAUGUGGAGGAAAAAAUUGCAUGAAUAUGAUGGUGGGGAAGAUGAUCAAAAUGAAGAUGAAACAAGUGACAAUCCUACAGAAGAUUGCUAGAUGACAAAUAGCAAACUUGGACAUAAUAUAUUUUUUUUUGUUAUAAAAAAGGUUUGUAUAUUCCUAUCAACAAACUUAGUGAAAAGAGCCUAGAAUAUAUAGAUGUAACAAAAGAUCUUUUUCACUACUCUUGCUCAAAAA